ACUCAGGUGGUCAGACACAAAAAGCCAGCCGACCAGUAGAGCUGUACAAUCAAGCCGGCCCGGCGCCGAGACUGUGUGCAAUGCGCGGCCCGCCGACUGCCUCGUCGGUUUUGAGAGGAUGAGAGGCCUGGAGAGCUGAGCUACGGUGCGAGCCAUGUCGUCGGUGCCCGGCGCCUUCGCCGAGAAUCUGCGCCGCUACGCGCCGGCCACGCGCCGGCUCCGCGAGGCCGCGCAGCGGUACGUGGACGCGGCGGUCCCGGGGGCGGUCGCGACGGUCGCGGCGCUGCCCUGCCGCGAGCCGGGCUGCCCGCCCGUCGAGGUCGCGGUGCAGGUGCUGGUCGCGGCGCACCCGGCGGCGUUCGCGGUGCGCCGGGCGCCGGACGAGGUGACGGAGGCGGAGCUGCUCGCGGCGCUCGCGGCGGCGCUCGCGGCGCCCGGCGCGCGCGCCGCGGCCAAGCCCGCCGCGCCGCCCGUGCACCUCGCCGACGACGCGCUCGAGGUCCGCCGCGAGGACGUCGCCGCCGUCGCGCGCGAGGUCGUGGACGCGACGCCCUGCGUCGACGUGCACACGCACCUCUUCCCGGCGGCGCACGGGGACCUCAUGCUCUGGGGCCUGGACGCGCUGCUCACGUACCACUACCUCGUCGCGGAGUACUUCAUGGUCGACGACGGCCUGAGCCACGCGGCCUUCUUCGCGCUGCCCCUCGCGGCGCGCGCGGACCGCGUCUGGGACGCGCUCUUCGUGCGGCGCACGCCCGUCUCCGAGGCGCGCGUCGGCGUGCUGCGGACGCUGGCCGACCUCGGCGCGCCCGGCGCCGCGAUGCGCGCGGCGCGCGCGGGCGACCUCGGGCCGCUGCGGGCCUGGUACGCGGCGCGCGCGCCCGGCGACCACGUCGACGCCGUCUUCCGCGCGGCGAACGUCCGCUACGUGCGUUCGCCGUGUGGAAAUCCAGUCGCGCGACUCGCGUCGGCGGGCCGACGACGGCGUCACGCAGGUCGUCUGCACGAACGUGCCCUUCGACGCGCGCGAGGCGAGCCGCUUCGUCGACGCGGGCUGCUGCGUGGACCCGGCGACGGGGCUCUUCCGGGGCUGGCGCCCCGGCGACGACGACGCGGCGACGGCCGACGGCCGCUUCCGCACCGCGCUGCGCGUCGACGCGCUCCUCGCGGGCGACUGGGCCACGGUCGCCGCGGCGCUCCGCGCGCGCGGGCUCGACGCGACGCUCGGCGCGGCGCGGCUCUUCCUGUCGGCGUGGGCGCGGCGCUACGGCGCGGAGUACCUCAUGGCCUCGACGCCCGGCGACCUGCGGUACGCGGCCGGCGACGCGGGCCUCGAGCCCGGCUGGCCGUCGGCGACGCGGCUCGUCGACGAGGUCCUGGUGCCCGUCGCGCGCGACCUGGACCUCCCGCUCGCGCUCAAGCUCGGGUGCGUGCGGCGGCUGGCGCCGGACCUCGCGCCGUGCGGCGGCGGCGACGGCCUGCGGCGCGUCGACCUCCGCCCGCUCGCGCGGCUGCUCACGGCGCAGCCGCGGCUCAAGGUCCUGGCGACGCUGCUCGGGCGCGCGGACCAGCACGAGGCCUGCGUCCUGGCCCAGAAGUUCCCCAACCUGCACCUGUACGGCUGCUGGUGGUACUGCAACAACCCGUCCAUCAUCCGCGAGCUCACGAGCAUGCGGCUGGAGAUGCUCGGGACGGCCUUCACCGCGCAGCACUCGGACUGCCGCGUGCUCGACCAGCUCGUCUACAAGUGGCGCCACUCGCGCGCUGUCAUCGCGGAGGCGCUCGCGGCCCAGUACGCGCACCUCCUCGGCGCCGGCUGGACCCUGACGCGGGGCGACGUGCGGCGCGACGCGCGCGCCCUGCUGGGCGGCGCCUACGAGGCCUUCCUCGCGAAGACGCUGCCCUGCGACGCGGCGCCGCCGCCGCCCCCGCCCCCCGCUUUAACGUGUGCGCCUGUCUUGGUUAACUGGCCGCCUAUCCCCGCCACUGGCACCACCCGGCUCCCCGGGCCAGUGGCUCCCCCGGCGCCCGGGCUGCUAGACGUGCCUAGACGGCAUUACGCGCGGCGUCGCGGUCGCGCUUCGCCUCGAUGGUUUCUUUUAUGUGGUCGAGCAUCGCGUCGCCGCGCGCGCUCCGGGCGCACUGGACCGCGAGCACGACGAACGUCGCGCCGGCCCAGGCCAGGCCUCCCGCCGCCAGCCACUUCACUUGCCCAGGCCGCUUGACGCUGCCGCGGACGAGCCAGAGGAUCUCGCGCGCGUAGAACACUGUCAAAAGCGAC